UCUGUAAUUUAUCAAAAUUUAUUACCGUUAAUUGUGGGGCCUACUGCUAUUAUCUCUUCGAAUGUUUCUGAGGAGGAAAAUUCUAAAUUGGUUUCAGACAUUUUGAAGAUUAUUAACAAGCAAAAGAAAUUGCUAUUAAUGGGAGGUAAAGUGGAUUCUUCGUUGUUAAAUGUGGAAGAUAUUGAACGGAUGGCUAAACUACCAAAUAAGAAACAAUUACAAGCUGAAAUUGUGGGUGUAUUGAGUGCACAGGCAGCAAGGGUUGUAGAAAUACUUAACAAAAAUCCGCAAAGUUUGGUGAGAUAUUUGGAGAUGCAUAAAGAAAAUCUUGGUGGAACAAGUUAA